UAACUCGCUAAGAAAUAUGCAUCACUUCGCAGAAAUUCGAGCCGUUGACAUCGAGAAAGACGUGUUCUCAUUCUUGGCCGAACUUCGGACUUUCAAGUCAGAUUGGAUGACGCACUUUCUGCCUCAGGCCGCAAGGCCACCUCAAUGUCAUUUACGAUACUCUGAUCAAAAACAGACUACGGAGUACAAUAGGGCGAUUCCAGAUGGCACAGUUUAUCAAGUUGAGUUAUCGAAGCGGCAAUAGCGGUAGCAGGAUCUACUCAUAUUCGACUCACUCUCGCUAUUGUCGUCGGAAUCACGCGUAUUUGUGGGUACUCACCGUGGUCGGCGUCGAACUAGUUCUAUGUAUAGCUCGUAUUCAUGACGCUACUUCGUCGAACCCCACCAUGAAUGAACAUAAAAUGAGACAGACUCCCCGUUGAGAGUCUGUGGACUGAUGGUACAGAAAGUGUCAUUUAUCCCUUAGGUCUUGAAGAUACCCUGAGCAAGGAUGGAUUCCUCGGAAGCAUCAUUCAAAAUAGCUAUUGUCGGCGGUGGUAUUGUUGGGUCAGCCUUGGCUUACUUUCUAUCAGAGUCAUUGGAGAAUGGCAAUGAAGUUGUCCUCAUCGAUCGUUCAUUCUCUCAGUUGAAAGGUUCAACUGGGUAUGCGCCUGGAUUCAUAGGUCAAUACAACGAAUCGGAGGCUCUUACACGCCUAGCAGUGGACACUGUCAGUGAAUACAAGAAGAUUCCCGGUGCUUUCGAGAGCAUCGGAGGGCUUGAAGUCGCAACCGCUCCCGAGGGCGUCGAAAAAUUGAAGGUCAGAUACGACAUGGCGAAGAAGGUUGGCCUGCCUGCCGAACUUCUGUCUCCUGAGCAGGCAACUAAACUGGCUCCUGAUCUUGUCAAGAACGACAUCUUGACUGCAUUGCACUUCGCAAGCGACGGGGCCGCAAAUGCUGUUAAAAUCACUUCAUUUUUCCAAGAACAGGCGCGCGGAAAUAGCGUUCAUUUCUUGGAAACAGAUGUCAAGAAGAUCAUUCACGAAGAUGGCAGUGCAAAUGGUGUCCUAACUACAUCUGGACUGGUCAAAGCAGAAAAGGUGGUUAUCGCCACAGGUAUCUGGUCAGAGAAUCUCUGUAAUUUUGGUGUGCCGAUUCCGGUCAUUCCUGUUGCGCAUCCAUACAUGUAUGGCGAACAGCGCGAGCCAAAACCGCGCAAGUCACCAUUUGUUCGAUGGCCUGAAUACCAUGUGUAUGCCCGUGAUCAUGGCACAGCCUAUGGACUUGGUUCUUAUGAUCACCAGCCGCUCUAUCACAAGCCCAGUGAGACUGCGGUUGGUGACUGGGUCGAUGCAUUCGAUGCAACACUGGAGCGAGCCCGCAAUUUGAUCCCUGAUGAGACGAAUUUGACCAUCAAGGAGAAGUUCAAUGGUAUUUUCUCCAUGACUCCGGACAAUCUGCCUUUGGUCGGCACGAUCUCGUCAACCAAGGGUCUUUAUGUGGCGGCUGCAGUGUGGGUCACUCAUGCGGCUGGGUCAGCUAAAUUCUUGACCAAGAUGAUUCAGGGUGAAGAAGUUGACGAGUCCCUGAAGAAAGCACUGGACCCGAACCGGUUCCAGGGUAAGGAGAUGCAAGCUUUGAAGGAGGAGUCGCUGGCAGGGUAUAACAGCAUCUAUACGACUCAUGAGAACAGGUGAUCGCAAUAUAGAGUACUUCGCG